AUGCCGACAGAAUUAGAAGAGCUCGUCGAGUUCCUGCACCACGGCAAUACGCAGAUCCGACAAGUCGCCGUGGAACAUGUCAUCGGAUACUCGCAAACAAACAUACCUCUCUUCAAGCGCAACCAGCUAGAGCCCGUCAAGGAUCUCAAGCUCCUCGUCAAAGACUAUACGGAGAUAGCGAAGAAUGCGCUCACCAUCCUCAUCAACAUCUCAUCAGACACCGAAAUCCUAACGGAGCUGGCCAAGGAUGACGCGCUGCUAGAGACGCUACUCUCACGGAUAACCAACCCCAAAGAGCAGAAUGCGAAUGAGAUCGCAAUGCUCCUCGCCAACAUGGCGAAGGAUGACUCACUACAAAGAGUCUUGGAGCUGAAGCGCGAUAUACCAAAGGAGCUGUCCAAGUCGACAUGGGCCAUGGAUCAGCUCAUGGACUGCUUUGUCAAAGGUGCUGAAGGGGCUUACAACAAGCAUGCAGAUUUCGAUUAUCUGUCGUACUUCUUCGCCGACUUGGCCAAGUUUCCAAAGGGCCGCGAAUACCUCACAACGCCCCAAGAGCACGAUUCGAACAUCAUCCCCAUCACAAAGAUCCAAGUCUUCACCGAUCACGCUUCGCAUAUCCGACGCCUAGGCGUAGCAUCCACGAUCAAGAACGUUUGCUUCCAUGUGCCCGCACACCCGGUUCUGCUCUCCAAUCUGUCUCCAGAUCCGAGCCUACCACCUCCUUCGAUCGGCGCGAACCUCUUACCUUACAUUCUACUCCCACUCAUGGGCCCAGAAGAAUAUUCUGAUGAGGACACUGAGGGUAUGUUGGAUGAAUUGCAAUUGCUCGAGCCGGACAAGGAGCGCGAGAAGGACGUGGAAAUCAUGAAGACGCAUCUGGAAUCCUUGUUGCUACUAAGCACUACAAAAGAAGGCCGAGCGGCAUUGAGGGGGGUCAAGGUGUAUCCCAUUGUGAGGGAGUGUCAUCUGCAUACUGACGAUGAAGGCGUUCGGGAAGCGUGUGAUCGCGUGGUGCAGAUCCUGAUGAGGGACGAGGAGGGCGAAGAGACAGCCAUGCCAGAUGCUGUUGGUGGGGGUGGGGGUGGAAAGAUGGUGGAACUGAAGAAUGAAGAGGAGGAUGAAGAUGAGCAAAUCAUUGAUAUUUUAUAG